AUGUCAUUGACUGAUGCUAGGUUACUGCCAUUGGUCUCUUAUUGGAUGCUAAAUGGGCCGUGGCGUGAUUGUUGGAUUCGGUAUGGAUAUGAUCCGCGAAAAAACAAGGAGGCUAGAUUCUAUCAGCUUCUUGACAUUCGAAAUACAAGACGGCCAACUAGGUUAGAUAGAGCAAAACGCCUACUUCGUGUUCAAGGAGAAUCGGCAACGGAUUUGUGUGGAAUUCCUCAUGUAUCGGAUAAUAAUAAUAUGGCUGAUUCGGUUCCUCGAAAUACGCAUAUCUUUGAUGGUCGUACUACCAAGCGAGACAUAGCAGUCUUCCAAAUGUGCGAUAUAACGGAUCCAUUAUUGAAAAGUUUAAUUGAAUCACCUGACGCUGUACAUGAAGAUUGUACGGAACGGGACGGGCAUUACAAGCAAGGCGCACUCCUAAAAAUGAGAAAGGUAAUGAGAAGGAAAUUUAAAGCAUUGAUUGAAGGUAAGACUUUGAACGACGAAGAUUUUGAAGAUCUUUUACGUGACGAUCAUCUGGGAAAUGACGAUGAUCGCGAAUAUGAGGAACUAAGUGAUAUUGAAGGCGAAUCGGAGGAAGGUGACCCUCUUGCCAACAGGGUUGCUGAAUUGAUGCGGAAUCUUCAACGCGCACAACAACAAUCCAUCGAACACGAAGAUGAGUUGGUUCAAGAUGAAGAAGGGAUUCUAUACGAGCCAGAAGAUUUAAAUGAUUAUGAGGACAUAUUUGGAGAUAGUGACAGCGAUUAUAACGAUGAUGAUCUAGAUGACAUUCAAUAA